AUGCUUUUACCACUUCUUUCAUUACUCCUCUUAGGUUUUGGGUUCUUUUCUGUAGGACUGAAUACAUGGGAGGGAACCGACUCCGAAAAAAAUCCAGAAGAAGGGUCUUCGGAGAGUUCUAUCAAUCAGGGUACCAAAAUUUUUAAGUCUCAUUUAAGUGAGGAAGCAGAUGAAGAGCAGUCUUCUGAAUCUCAGGUCAAAAAUUACUCACCUACUUAUCGACAUGUCCGAAGAUAUACACCUGUAAUCCCUGGUUUGAUUAGGCCCGUCUCUGAAUUUGGAAUUUAUGACGAGAAAGAAGAAUAUGACGACUUUUACGUCGGCGAAAAAGAAUUUUUUGAUUCGACAGCAAUCCCACGAGACGUUUAUGUUACGUCUUCACUCGUUGGUACCCUGUUAGGUUGCAGGUAUACCAGUGAUCCAACUACAGAUUGCUACGGAGCCCAAUUUGUUCCAUCUAACGGAGUGUAA